AUGAUCUGUGGAUAGAGGUGCGUUGCUUUCAUUGGUUGCAGUGUUACAGCCUGUAUCAAUCGUCAGUUAACCUGUUACGAUCAGUGAACGGAGAGUCUUAGUUUGUAUUGGUUGCAGCGCUGAAGCCUACAGCAAUCGCUAUUUUCCCAUGUACGCUACGAUCAGUGGAUAGUCCCUUAGUUCAUCUUGGUUGCAGCGCCGAAGCCUACAACCAUCGUCGUUUCGCCACGUAUUUCGCAACCAGUAAACAAAAUGCCUUAGUGUCCAGUGGUUGCAGCACUGAAGCCUACAACCAUCGUCAUUUCGCCAUGUAUGCUACAACUAGUGAACGGAGAGACUUAGUUUAUAUUGGUUGCAGUGCUAAAGUGUGUAGCAAUCGUCAUUUUGCCAUAUAUGCUGCAGUCAGUGGAUAGAAUCCGUUAGUUCACACUGGUUGCAGCAUUGAAGCUUACAACCAUCGUCACUUAACCUGCACACGCUACAAUCAGUGGAUAACGUCCCUUAGUCUCCAAUGAUUGCAACACUAAAGCCUACAGCAAUCAUCAUUUUGCCAUAUACACUAUAAUCAGUGGAUAGAGUCCUUUAGUUUCCAAUGAUCGCAGCGUUAAAGCCUACAACCAUCUUACCAUGUAUACUACAAUCAGUGGAUAGAGUCCCUUAGUUUCCAUCGGUUGCAGCACCGAAGCUCACCAUCAUUUUGCCAUAUAUGCUGCAAUCAGUGGAUAGAGUCCUUUAGUUCACGUUGGUUGCAACACUGAAGCCUACAACCGCCGUCAUUUAACCUGCAUACGCUACAGUCAGUGGAUAGAGUGCCUUAGUUACCAAUGGUCGCAGCACCGAAGCCCACAGCAAUCGUCAUUUCGCCGCGCACGCCGCGACCAGUGGACGGAGUGCCUAAGAGUACAGGGGAACCGAGAGAGGGACCACGUGCGUGUGCGACGUGGCCGAGCGGUCGCGUCGGGCAGAAAAGGAGGGAGCACGGCUGGCCGGGACGUAUCGUUAACCGGUACAAGAGGCCCGUUCUCCAGCGUGUGCAAAAGGCACGAGUUUAGUAUCGCGAGUGAACUCGGUCGGCACGCAAGCUGGGAGCGUUACGGGUGUGCUCUGUGUUCGCCGUGUGCAUCGCCGCCGAUCGUGGUCGGCCGAGGAAAAACAUUUAUGGAAGGAUCAACGGUGUCGCGACGCGGCUGAGCAUCGCGGUGCCGUGUUUCUAUUUCCGUGCCAGACUCGCUCUUUGGUAGAGCGACGUGUGUCUCCGACGACAGUGAGUCACAACAGUGGUGGUAGCGUGCACCAGUGUCUUCGGGCACAAAGGAGAGAGGAUCGAGAGAAGAGGAGCGUGUCGCUCCGCGCCGCUGCGAGACCAGAUCCACGGUAGAUCGGUCCGUUAGUCGGCAGGAAUCUUGCGCGAGCGGGCGCAUCCGUGACAGCGGGCGACUCCGGCCGAAGAACAGGAUCAGAAGGAAAAGUUUCCCGGCUGUUCCCAAGGAUUACCUUCCCCUUCGUCGGGCAUGGGUUGCUGCGGCUGCUCGGACGAGAUCUCGUCCAAGGUGGAGCCCACGACGCCGGAGAACCAGGGCACGCCGACCAGACACUCGGAGCAGGUUUUCGUCACCGAUCGAUCGUGCACCGACAUCCUGGCUUUGAUCGUUCUGAUCGCUCUCGCAGUCGGUUACGGCUUUCUGGUGAGCAACGCGCUGAAGAAAGGAGACAUCUACCGCGUGGUGAACGGCUACGAUAACUGCGCAAACGUUUGUGGCCGGGUCACACCCUCGGAAACUGAUCCCCAGUUCAGAUGCAAGGGUGCGGACAAGACGAACGAACGGUACCUGCUGACGACCGUGGGCUCGAGUGGGGUGAAGGAUCGCACCUGCGUGUCCAACUGCACCGAUCAGGUAAUAUUCCUGAAUCGAUGCGUGCCGAAGGACCUGACCGACACGACCACUUCUCUGAUCAAGAAACUUGGUUUGGAAAAUUUCUACAAGGAGGUGUCGAGUGAUCUCACUGUCGCAUGGCGAGAACUGAUCUACCUGCUGCUUAUAGCUUUAGCUAUCUCGCUCGGUAUCUUAAUUGCCUUCCGGUAUAUGGUGCAGUGGGUCGUUUACAUUGUCUUAAUCGGCGCCAUUCUCGCCUGUAUCGGUGGCUCGGCGUACCUCUGGUACGCAUGGUACGGGGAGAAGAAGGCGGUGGGGCAGCACCUAGUACCCGAAGAAGAUUCCAGUGAACAGGCCUACUUCAUUUAUGCGAUCAUCUUGUCCACUGUUACGGUGAUCACGCUCCUAAUUGUCCUGGUGAUGCGGAAAAGGAUCGCCCUGGUGAUGCAGCUGUUCCGCGAGGCGGGCAAGGCGGUGUACGCGAUGCCAGCUUUACUGCUCCAGCCGAUAUACACCUAUGUGCUGAUCGGGUUCACGGUGUGCGCGUGGGCGUACUGUAUGCUGUGGAUCGAGAGCGCCGGCAACAUUUACAUGAACCGGAAACAACAUAUCCACUUCAGAAAAGACACGCUCUUGAUCGUGGGCAGGUGGUACAAUUUGUUCUUCUUCUUCGUGACCUGCGAGUUCCUCCUCGGCUGUCAGCACGUCGUCGUCGCCUGCGCCGUUGCACGAUGGUUCUUUACCAGGGACAAGAAGCGUCUCUCGCUGGCUGUAACACGCGGGUUCGGUUAUCUCGUACGAUAUCACUUAGGUACGGUCGCGUUCGGCGCAUUGGUUAUUGGUAUAGUUCGGCUCAUAAGAGCGAUAAUUUCCUUCGUCCAAAAGCGCCUGAAGCGGUACGAUAACGACCUAGUGAGGGGAAUAUUGUGCUGCUGUCAAUGUUGCCUCUGGUGUUUCGAGUGCGCUCUGAAGUUCCUCACCAGGAACGCUUACAUCGAAACAGCGAUAUACGGUUGCAACUUCUGCACGGGAGGAAGGAAGGCGUUUCACGCGUUGUCGAGCAACAUUUUAAGAGUCGCCGCCAUUAACAGCGUCGGCGACUUCGUUCUCUUUCUGGGAAAGGUUUUGGUCGUUACAUUAACGAUCGUCACGGGUAUUUAUCUCAUGCAGAAGAAAGAGGGUCUCCAUCAUCCGUGGGUUCCAAUCGCGCUCGCCGGAGUGUUCGCCUUUUUGGUGGCGCAUUGCUUCAUCUCCAUUUACGAGAUGGUGAUAGAUACCAUAUUCAUAUGCUUCUGCGAAGACUGCGAGAAAAACGACGGCAUCAGCAGGCCCUACUUCAUGAGCUGUGGAUUAAUGGAAUUCGUGGAGAACAGCAAGAAAGCUUUAAAUUAUCUGGAUCACCAGCCAACCGCUCCUCACUCGUAAUAGAUCAGGCUUAAUGCUCGCUGAAAACCGAUCCAGCUUCGAACUGAGCUUUCAGAUACCUUCGCGGGCCAGCCAGGGAAUCGGCGAAUCAUUCGACAAAGCGAAUACACCGUGCGAUUCCGAGCUUGACGUACUCGUUCCAAUUCUCUCGAGUUUUAUUAAAGCGUACGUGGGAGUCGGCAGUUCCUGCAUCCCGGUUUUCAAUUUGCGCGUACGACGCGCACGUGGCGCGAAGGCUGCCGGUAGCGGCGGACAAUUUUGAUCGGCGUCUGACCUCGUUCCGUAUCUUGCGUUUUCGGGCAGGACGAUGGAAAGGGGCUCAGUGGCAAAAUAAGCGCGGCGGGGAGAAAGACUCGCUGCAUCCGGCGAGCACAGAAAAGGCUGAUAAAAAUGAAAAACAUAUUCUAGAAUAGAGAACGGAAUAUUGGGAGGAUGAUUGACACGUGGAUCAAUUUAUAAGGCUUACAUCGAAAUUCCUUUGUACACAGUAAUUAUUCGUCAGAACUUUGUGUUUAGAUGUAGCAACUUUAUUGUUUCUUGUUCUUUUUAUUCGUAGAGGUUAGCGUAUAUUUAUAUUCGCGUGUGGAACACUCAAGGGAGAACAUAAUUUGUUAGGUUAGGUGGUCGCAGCGGCGGCCAUCUUGACUAUCGGACUUAAGAAGGAACUCGUCGACCCAGAUCUAGACAGCUGAAUUACUCAGUCGAACAGAAGAUACCUCGCACUAUAAUCAGCUCAUCCUUUAUCUUCUCUCAGACGCCGCGCGAGAUAUCCAAAAUGGUGGACAGGCCGUAUUGUCUGAGACUUAAGUUGUCCGCCUUGAAUGGCACCGUACGCGCACACAUUGUUCUUUCGCAGCGACGGAUGAACAUUAUUUGUGUCAUUGCCUUCGUAUUACUUCGCGUCUUCGUGGCUGAAGACUGGCCGAAUAAACGACGGCUUGAAGCAUUUUGCGGCUACGAUCGCGCGCAAUCGAACAAACUCAUUAACAUUCCGAUCAGCGAGAAGUCGAUGUAUUUUUUUAUAGUCGAUCGUCUCUCUAUGACGUGUUUCAACUAGACUUAGGUACGCCGUUUCUAUAUGUUUAUUCGCGUUUGAUAUCAUGCGGUUGCCACCGCAACCAUACGCACAGUGUUCUCUCGUUACUGGGUAUAUAAUUGAAUAUCGUUGUUUCCCGUGAUUUUUUUUAGAGAUAUCGUUGAUACCCUGUAAUUAUCAAACGAGCUUCUGCCAAACAGCGUAAAUGCUAAAGAACGAAUUUUACUUAAGCGUUAACUUAAAUAUUAAACGUUAAGAAUGACCUAUUAUCUUCCUAACAUCGUGUGACUUCUCUGUGUAUAAAUGUACAUCGAUGAACGUGCUUCGAAUCCUUCGUCUUUCGCGAUACAGUUUUACCAAGAUCUAGUUUAAAGUUGAAGACAGGCUUACCUCUCUUGUCGAUUGCUCAAAGUAUCGAGUUUCCACGGUGGAGCCGGGCGUGCGACGUGUAACGAGGGAAUACUGUAAGUUAGUCGGAGAGCGGAGGUAACGACAAGUUGCCGUUAAGUCGCGAGCGUUUCGAUAUUUCGUAAAAGUUUCGUGGAGGACACUCGGCUGCCAGGGACAGUUCGAAAACCUGCCAGUACAGUGUGCGGGAUAGAUCAAAGGCGAUAGCGCACCGGCGAACCGCGGGGGUAGAGAUACGCGGUCCGAUAAUGCGCGACUAUCCGAGUAAUUGCUGGAACAUCGAUCGCCAUGUUGUAUAUAUUUUUUAUUUCACGCGAGCCCGCCCACCAAUGAUGUAUUUCCUCCGCGUAUGUCACGUUUUUUGAUAAUCGAUCGUACGCGACGCGCGAGUGCAGCGUUAUUUUCAACGUACCGCGGAAGCGUUAGCGCCCUGCAGUUGCGAGCUGAUCAAUUACUUCGGGAGAUAGUAUUAUAAUUUUAAUAAAAACCGUUUCAACAUAAACGCUGCGCGUGUGUUUCCUUCUGAGAGAUUUCUUUAUGUUUUCCUAAUGAUUCUGGAUUUCGUUUCCACUGGAAAAGAACUAAGCGAAUACUGCCAUACGAGAGUCUUUGAGAUACCGUGGACUUGUACAGUGUUAAGGAGAA